ACGUCCAGGGACGCACUCAUCAUGUAUCCGAUUUCUAAACGGUGCCUGAAUAGCAUACCCAUUUAGAACGGUAAGCCGUAGGGGCCUUUCCUGACCUGAAGACUGCUUUUAACUAUCGACCAGCAGAAACCGUGCUAGUGUCCAGCGGCCAAAAUUAUCCAUUCCAGAUUUUGAAACCGUCUUAUACGGAUGUUUAACGGUCGUAGACUUUACGAUCUCUAGUGAUGUAAUCCAAGACCUCCCUUACACACACUUCCCCUUCAACUUUCCUAUUCAUAUGCUUUCCAAAACAGUCUCCUUUUGGCACCUCUGUGAUUUAAAUACAUCCGGAACGUCUGGUCACAGAACUCUGCUCCCAUCGAUUCACGUGUCUCGGUCAAACAAACCGUCCGUCAUAUGCUUUCGUGAUCAUUAUAGCGCACUCAAGCUGGAAUCUGAAGAGGAGCUCUUAGAACGGACAAAUGACCUUUACGAUCAGGUUAAGCGGCAGUUGACUGUGAUCCUAAAAAAUGAUCAAUUUUUGUGUGAUCUAGCUCCCAGUACCUCCCAGAAUCUGCCAAGCUUACCAUCUGCGAAGCAUGUUGACGACCUUCUUCGGCUACAUUUUGGUCAGGCUAUGAAAUUGACUCUUCUACGUGGAGAUGACGUUGAACUCCCGGUCGUCGUCUCAAUCACAGCACGCGUUCGUGAGCUACAACGAGCCGUACAGUUCGUCACAACCGAAUAUCUGAAUCAACUGACUCGUUCCAUGGGAAUUUGGGGAUCGCCUGGUCAGCGUCCACCGCAACAAGUGGUCCAGGAUCUUCUCAGGACGACCAACAAAACAGACGACGUGAAAUUCAGUCUUCUAUUCACCUCCACCAAGUUUAUUAGCUGGAAGCAUGUGUGGAAGACAAAAUGUCUUGCUCUGGUAAAUCCACAUGCCGUACCUGCCCAGGAGUCAGCACCCACCAUUCUAUGCCGGAUGGACGAUUUGAACGCUCAGUUGCAAGACCGAUACCACGUUCGUAACGGAGCAGUGAUCACAUUUGUUAACCGACUUAAGCGGAAGUGAAAUGCCAUACUUCUUGUCCACCCUAAAUUUGUGUAAAUACCGUUCCCUGUAAA